UCAACCGUCAUCCCCAUCAUCCGCGUGUCACCAUGUCUCUGUCACUCGAUAAACCAUCGGUAGCGUUUAGGCCACCGUCUCUGUUGUUGUUGUUGCUGUCAUCGACAUUGCAGUUACAGGUGCUGACCACGGCGGCGACGCGCCACAGCGCCGUCAGCGUGCUGGCGGCCACACUGCGCGACGAGGGUGAGAAGUGCGUGCGGUCCGCCGACCUGUGGCCGUGUCUCAUCACCAGGACCGGUGCAAAAGUCGUGGCUGCUGCGGCCGCGUAUCCGGGAGAGAUACCGCUGAUGGGUCAAUAUUUGGCCGUGGUUCCGGACGGCCGGGCGCGGACUUCUUCGGGCGUCGAUGGGUUGACGGCGGCGCGCAAAAACGGAACCUCGCCGUCCACGUCGGUGUACUCGAAAAUCACGGAAUUCGCGGAGAGGCGGUCGCUCAGGGUGUCCGUCCCCGUGGACGCCAUCGGGUGGCUGAUAGGCGUUACGACGUCCGCGCCCGUCACCGGCGGUGGCGACGAAGGCCGAGGCAAAAAGGACAAGGGCGCGGGCGUGCUGAUGCUUGGCGGCAUGAUGAUGAUCACCACGCUCAUGUCCACCGCGUUCGGGGCGCUGGCGCUGAUGGCUGCCAAGGGGCUCAUGACCAGCAUACUCGCUCUGAUGCUGUCCGCGAUGGCGGUAUCGAAAAAGUCGGGCGGCCACGGCCACGCCAGGACCACGUACGAAGUCAUCAACAACCCGGGACCCCACCAAGCGUACCAACAGGCGUCCAAUUACGGUUUUGAAGGCAACGGGGCUAUCGUAACAGACAUCAAUGCAGGUCAAUACAAUGCAGCUCAAACCGAAUCAAUUCAAUAUGGUAAUCAGCAAUAUGAUUAAUAUUAAUUAAUUGUUUUAGAUUCUAGUACUAUAAUAUUAAUCAAUUAAUUAA